AACAAACACCAAGAAAACAAUUUUGCUAAGAAAAUAUCAUCAUUUUCCCAAGAAAACCAUGAUGGUGCCGAGGAAUUUGAGACGCAGCUUUCGAGAUUUGCAGCUACAGCGAAACUUCGGAAUCACCCCUAAACGUGUUCUUUUCUCUAUCUUCUUCUAUGCUCUGAAAAUGGUUUUAACUCAAAUCUACUGCCCCUACACAAACGAUUUUUUAAUGUGCAUUGUUGAUCUGACAGUCUCCCGUUCUUCACAUCUCAAGGGGCAGAAAUGCCAAGAGGAAGAGUCUUGCUUUUUUCUGGACAUUGGUUUCAAGAAGAAGUAUGAAGAGAUGAUGAGGGAAUUCAGGGUCUUUGUGUACCCAGAAGGAAACCCAAGAACAUUUUUUCAUACACCCAAGAACCUUAUUCGACAGUAUGCGAGUGAAGCCUAUUUCUUUAGGAAUAUGGAACAGAGUCCACUUCGGACCAUGAAUCCUGAUGAGGCAGAUAUGUUUUUCAUACCCAUUUCCGUUCAAAAGAUGAGUGAAAAGAGGCUUUCACUCAUGGAUAUGAGAAAAGUUGUGAGGAAAUACAUCAAGGGAAUAAGUUCUAAGUAUCCCUACUGGAACAAUACAUCUGGUGCUGAUCACUUUUUUGUAAGUUGCCAUCAGAUGGCAUUGAAGGUAACCCAAGGAGUUCCAGAUCUUGUCAAGAGAGUUGUUCGUGUCGUAUGCUAUCCUGAUCACAGUGAUGGAUAUAUUGAAGACAAGGAUCUACCCCUCCCUCCUGUACUGCUGCCAUUUGAAUAUCCAGCUGCUGGAAGUGAUACAAAGAAGAGAACUAGACUGAUUCUCUUGGGAGGUGAUGCCAUAUCUGAAGAAAUAGCUUUGCUGAAUGAUACAAAGACAGAGUUUUUCAUGAUGGACAACCACACCAUUUCUAUGCUGCGCAGAAGAACAAGAGAAUAUAAGAAUAUUGCACCAUGGACACUAGAUUACAACACAAGUAAGUUUUGCCUGUGUCCUGGUGGAUCUGAAAUGAGUGUUGGGCGUAUUGCUGAUGCCAUUCACUAUGGAUGUGUUCCUGUUGUUUGGCCUGACCGUUAUGAACUGCCAUUCGCUAGCAUAAUGAACUGGAGUGCAUUUUCUGUGCAAAUCAAAGAAGAUUAUUAUCUUGAAUUCGAUGUUUUGAAGUUUCUUGAGGAGAUACCAGAAGCAGACUAUAGAAAUUUGCAAAGCAAUACGGUGAAGGUUCAGAAAUACUUCCAGUGGAACUCACCUCCCAUCAAAUAUGAUGCAUUUUAUCAGAUUAUGUAUCAACUAUGGAGGAGCCUGGACCAAAAAGCUACAGAUUACAAAAUCACUUUAGCACAUCCGGAUUCUUAGGACUUGACAGUGUUUGAAGCAUAAGACAACUGCAACUGGCAUAUACCUGUAAAAGCACACUAGACUAGAUUGAGUGGCAUCAUCCUGUAACUAAACACAAGUACUGUUUUUUGGCUAGAAAUUUAGUAAAUAUGUUACACAAACCUUAUUGGAAUUUAAAUGGUAAGUUUCCUACACAUCUUAUUAGUUGGUUUGACUUUUAUGUGUUUGCCUUGUAACUUUUAUAUCCCAAGCUAUCUCCAAGCCUUUUGGAACUAUGAUACCCUAGAGUACUUAGUAAUAUGAUACAACCCUUGCUUCUGUUGAUGAGAUUUAAUUUGUUGAUUUGAAGGUCCAAAUUCUUUCAUUUUAGAACUAGUUCCAUGAUAUGGUUAGUAUAAGGGUUUAAAGACUCCACCAUCAUGAUUGAGGUUUUUAUUUGUUCUUUUUACUUAGUAUAUGUGUUUACUUAUUUAAUGUCACAUAAUUGUUGUGAGGACAUUGUUAACAAAUUUGUUUUCUUAUG